AUGGCUAGUCCUCCCGUUCUAGCUUUCGACGCCGAGGGCCGUCCGGUGAAGUUCGAAACCUGGCUAGAUGACCUGCACCUGUUCCUACAGCUCACUGCCAAAGAAGACAUCUCGCUGUACGACCACGCCCUAGGCCAUGCUACUGCCCCUGACACGUCUGCUGACAGCACUCUACGCUCUCAGUGGCAGACUCGUGAUGCGCACGCUCGCUUUGCUAUUCGCAACUCCCUGCCGCUAGACGAGCGCGAGCACUUCGGCCAGUGCAAGACUGCUAAGGACCUCUACACCGCUGUAGUUGCCCGUUACUCCUCACCCGCUUCUGCUACGCUAGGCCGCCUCACUCUCCCCUACCUGUUCCCCGACCUAGCCUCCUUUCACACUGUCGCAGACCUCAUCACCCACCUUAAGACUAGUGAGGCCCGCUUUCGCGCUGCUAUGCCUGCCGAGUUUCUCACUAGCAACCCCCCCCCGCUCUGGAUCACUCUCUACCACAUCGUCACCCGCCUCCCUGACUCUCUGCGCGCAGUCAGGGACCACUUCCUCUCUCGCUCCCCCACUGAGCUCACUGUUGCCCUCCUCGAGAAGGAACUGCUUGCAGCUGAGGCGAGCAUCGUCGCUGUAGGCACCUCUCGUGGCGACCCCCGCACCCCGUUCUUCGAGGGGUGUUCCCCUUCCCCCCUCCUCCCCUCUGUCGCCUCUGCUGCUGCUGUCGACCUCCUUGGUGCUGAGAAGGUCGGGACCGCGUCUGCUUCGAGCGGGCGCCGCAGGAGCAAGGGAGGCAGGGGUGGGGGUGGUGGCGGAGGAGGUGGGGGUGGAGGCGGUGGGAGUGGAGGCGCGACUGGGGAGGCUAGUGGCGGCAGUGGGGGAGGAGACAGCAGCGGCGGGAGCGGUGGCAGGGGUGGAGGCGGCAGCGGAGGUGGAGGUGGUCGUGGCGGCGGCAGGGGUGGAGGUGGCCGAGGCGGUGGUGGUGGCGGUGGUGGUCGUGGAGGCACUGGCGGAGGCCCGAGUCAGCAGCCCGCCCCGACGCUUCAGGCCGCCCGUGAGUGGUAUGCGCAGCGUGGCUUUACCUGCACGUACGUCAUUCGCACAGGUGACCGCAGCGGCCAGCAGUGUGGGAGGCCGCACCCCACGCACCGCUGCUUCGCGCGCCUUAACGACGCGUGGCGCACCCAGUUUCCUGAUGCCGCUGAGCUGCCGCGCUGGGCUGAUCUGGAAAAGAGGGGUGUUGAUAUUUGGGCUCUAGACUUUGAUGCUAUUCUCACUGCCAUGUAUGCCAUGUCUAUUAGUGGAGAGGGUGCUCAGUACUUGCGUGUUCCGCCCGACCCGGGCAUUCAGGCCAGUCCGGCUGCUGCUCUAGGUGCUAGUGCGUCUGCUCCCACAGGUCCUGGUGAGGCUGCUGCCCUAGGUGCUAGUGCGUCCGUGCCCCCUGGUACUGAGUUGACUGCAGCACUGCACACCUUCACACUGGACUCAGGUGCCUCUCGCUCUUUCUUUCGUGACCGCACUGUCCUUGAGCCACUCGCUCGGCCAAUUGCUGUCUCCCUUGCUGACCCCUCUGGGGGUCCGGUCAUUGCGACCUCCUCCACUGUUCUUCCUUGUCCUGCGGUCCCGUCCGGCACGCUUUCAGGUCUCUACCUCCCCUCGUUCUCUACGAACUUGGUGGCGGGUUGUGCGCUCCAGGACUCGGGUGUUCACCAGUAG